AAAUGAAAUGGUCAUUUCAACUCCAGUCUGCCUUCAAAUUUAGUAUUAAAAACUCAACUUAUUUUUGAAUUCUCACAGCAGUUUUGCCGCUGCUGAUCAAAAAGCCGAGCCAUGGCAAUUGCUUCCAAAGAGAGAUAACGCACAUCUCCCCGAGCUAAUCCUUCCUUCUACUUUUCUUCAGUAUAUCCGUUUUGGACUUGCAAUAUCAAGUUAUUCACAUGUAUUUUUCACCUGGAUUUGUUCAUUAAUAGCCUUUUUCACGUUUUUCUCAUCUGGGUUUGUCCAUUUGUAGAACGUUAAGAAAGAAAGGUCACUGAAGGACGAGAAGAUGGUGACUGACAAGAAAGUUGCAUGCUUGGAUGGUGGGAAUUCCAAAUGUCAAAAGCGAAAAAGAUCAACACAUGCUAGCUUGUACAGUGAUGAAGAAGUUAAGUCUUCUGUGAUGGAGCGAGCAAAGGAUGUUCAAGCUAAUCUGGCACCUCAAUUCCCUAGCUUCAUUAAGCCUAUGCUCCCUUCACAUGUUUCUGGAGGAUUUUGGCUGGGCCUUCCGAGGUAUUUUUGUAUUAAUCAUUUGCCAAAACAGGAUACCAUGAUGGUUUUGGAAGAUGAAAGCGCUAAAGAAUAUGAAACAAAAUAUCUUGCAGAAAAGGUAGGCCUAAGUGCAGGAUGGAGAGGAUUUUCAGUUGCUCACAAAUUAGUGGAGAGGGAUGUCUUAGUUUUUCAGUUAGUUGGUUCAUCCAAAUUUCAGAUUUACAUUGUGAGAUCCGGUGGUUCAGACGAAGUGGAUGGUGCUCUUGGCCUUCUAAAAUUAGAAAGUUGCUAUAGACGAAUGAACUCUGUUACUUUCCGAAAGGAAGGGUAUGCAGAGAAGGACAUUAAUUUAUGUAAAGAAGAGGAUGAUAACUAUUGGGAGCCCCAGCCCCUCGCACAGGAAAUUCCUCAAGUAAAUUCUGAGAAGCAUAACCAAAUGCCCGGUAGUUGUAAGCUUGAGCCUGUGUCAGAUGAUCAGUCAGAAGAUGACAGCAAAGCUCUUGGCUCUGAGGUUAUGGAUGGAAUUAGAUUAUCAGAGUCUGCUGCUGACUUUAAAGAAGUGAAAAGUAUUGAGGAUUUCAACGUUGUUGUGAACGGUUUAGUUAUAGACUCAGCACUCUCCAAACAUCUCCAGGCCAAAUACUAUGACCUUUGUAGGAGUCAAAAUUCAUUUCUUCAUGCAAGUCUUCUUGAGGGUCUUAAUUGUAGGUUGGCAGUAGGAAUGAUUUCAGAGACCAUCAACAUCGCUGAUGCUAUUAGAGCUUCCAAGUUCACCACCCCGGAAGGUAAUUUUUCCAUUUGGGACCAAACUUUGAAAGCCUUUAAGAUGAUGGGGAUGAAUGUCAGCUUCUUACAAGCUAGACUGGAUCACCUCAUCAACCUUGCUUCAGAAUCCAAAAGAGCUAGACUUGAACGAGCUGAGGCAGAGGAAGAGAAAAGAACUCUGGAAAUGAAGCUCUUGGAAGUAAGAGGGAAAAUAGAGAAACUUGAUGCUAUUAUUGAGAGAAUUGGGCUGAAUCCUGAUAAGGUUGAGGGUAAGUUCCAAGAAGUGGCAACAGCUCCAUGGUGAAUCAUGAAAAACCUCUGCAAUAUGCCAUGGAAAUUGUGCUAUAUUUUGUUGUGGUUACCAUAUACAAGCAAUAGUGAACUCAACAAUGAUCCCUACUAGUAUUUUUUGUAAGUCAGGUUUGGGGUUUUGUUUUGUACUCUGAAACCCAAUAUUAAAUAUAAAAUUUACAUCA